UUACAUUAUUUUAGGUUUCUAAUAAUUAUCUGCAGGAAUCGCCAUGACCCCAGCUCUACGGGAGACAACAGCAAAGGGUAUCUGCUUUUCACCUUUGCAAAGUACCAUGGAGUCUGACAAGAUGCUGUACGUGGAAAACCCAAGAACUGUAGAUGAAAAGCUAACGGAAGACACUUUUUCUCAGAUGCUGGGAUUUCCAGCUCCUGAACCUACAUUUAAUACUAAUUUUGUGAAUUUAAAACAUUUUGGUUCCUCUCAGUCUUCAAAACAUUAUCAAACAGUAUUUUUAAUGAGUUCUAACUCUACAUUAAAUAAGUACAAUGAGAAUUACAAACAAAAGAAAUUAGGGGAGCCCAGUUGCAAUAAGCUGAAAAACAUUCUGUGUAAUGGUGGCAACAUUCAGCUCAGUAAAAUCUGUCAUUCUCAAUCUGAAGAGUUGAUCAGAAAGGAACCUCUGUCAGAUACCACAAGCCAGUGCAUGAAAGAUAUACAGCUUAUUUUGGAUUCAAAUACCAUCAAAGACACUAAUGUAGAUAAGGUGCAACUGGAAAACUGUAAAUGGUACCAAAAAAAUUCACUUUUGGAUAAAGUUACUGGUGCUGAGAUUAAAAAGGGUUUAUUGCACUGUGCUCAAAAGAAAAUUGGACCUGGCUAUUCAAAUGUGCCUAGUAGUUCCUCAGCUGCCGAAAAAGAGGAGGAAGUAAAUGCUCGUUUACUUCACUGUGUAAGCAAACAGAAAAUUUUACUUAGCCAGGCUAAGAGAACUCAGAAACAUUUGCAGAUGCUCCUGGCAAAGCAUGUUGUUAAACACUAUGGUCAGCAAAUGAAAUUUUCUGUAAAACAUCAACUCCCUCAAAGGAAGCUGCUUCAUGAACCUACCCCAAUUGAGGAUAACAGUUUACAUAAAUGCAUUGAAAUUAAGCCAGAAGCCACCAUAUUGACUGCAGAAAAUAAAUUGGAUGAUACCAAAAAUGGCUUUGCACAGUGUACAGCUGCAGAAAUUCGAAGAUUUGCACUGUCUGCUACGGGUCUGUUGUCUCAUGUUGAAGAGGGUCUGGAUUCUGAUGCAACUGAUAGCAGCUCUGAUGACGAUUUGGAUGAAUAUACCAUUAGAAAAAAUGUGACAGUUAACUGUAGUACUGAAUGGAAGUGGCUUGUAGACAGAGCAAGAGUUGGGAGCCGAUGGACUUGGCUUCAAGCCCAGAUUUCAGAGCUAGAAUACAAAAUCCAACAACUUACAGAUGUUCACAGGCAGAUUCGUGCCUCCAAGGGUAUAGUAGUCUUAGAAGAAUCUCAACUUCCUAAAGACAUUUUGAAAAAACAAAAACAAUUUGCUGACCAAGCAGCAUUGUUGAGCACUACAGAGACUCCUUCUAUUCCACAAGAGAGUCAAGAUCCUUUACCAGAACAAGAUUUUGAAAUGUCACCAAGUAGCCCUACACUACUUCUUCGAAACAUAGAAAAACAGAGUGCACAGCUGACUGAGAUCAUCAACAGUUUGAUUGCCCCUCUCAACUUGUCCCCAACUUCAUCACCACUCUCCUCCAAAUCCUGUAACCAUAAAUGUCUGGCUAAUGGCAUAUCCAGGAGUGCUUCAGAGAAUUUAGAUGAGCUUUCUUCCUCCAGUAACUGGUUACUUAACCAGAAGCACAGUAAGAAAAGGAGAAAAGACAGGACAAGAUUGAAAUCUCCAUCCUUGUCUGUCAUGAGUACAGCAGCCCGAACAAGGCCACUUCAGAGUUUCCACAGAAGAAAACUCUACAGAUUGAGCCCUACUUUUUAUUGGACUCCACAGACUUUGCCUUCAAAAGAAACAUUUUUAAAUACUACAAAAAUGCCUUGCCUGCAGUCAGUUUCAACUUGGAAUGGCUAUGACUUCAAUUCACAGUCUCAAAUAUUAAGAGAACAUGUAUCAGAAUUAGAUUCCUCUUUCCAUUCUGUCUUAUCAUUGCCAUCAGAUGUGCCUCUUCAUUUUCACUUUGAAAGAUUGUUUAAAAAGACUGAAAUAAAAGGAGAUCUUGCUGAAAAUAAUUGUGUAGGCAACUGUAUCAUAUCUCCAUCACCUGUACAUAGUACUUCUUUGAGUCAAUGGAGAAAUGGAUAUUCACCUACAUGUAAGCCUCAAAUAAAAUCAGAAUCUUCUGCACAACUGCUACAGGGAAGGAAGAAAAGACAUUUGAGUGAAACAGCACUAGGAGAAAGAACACAAUUUGAAGAAUUUGGUUUUCAACGCACAGAACCAGGAUCCCAUAGCAAUUUUACUUCUUCUAAUGCCAACGUUAUAACAAGAACCCAGAAUUCAUCAUGUCAAAAUACUGCAAGGCGGAGAUUGAGAAGUGAGAGCUCUUAUGACAUAGAUAACAUUGUGAUUCCCAUGUCAUUAGUAGCUCCAGCUAAGUUAGAGAAACUCCAGUAUAAGGAAAUACUUACUCCAAGCUGGAGGAUGGUUGUUCUUCAACCUUUGGAAGAAUGGAACUUAGGGGACGAAGAGAUAGAAGAUCUUUCUGAUGGGGUAUUCUCCCUAAGACACAAAAAAUAUGAAGAAAGAGAGCAAACCAGGUGGUCCCUGUGGGAACAAAGCAAGUGGCACAGAAGAACCAGCAGAGCUUACAGUAAAAAUGUUGAAGGACAGGACUUGCUUUUGAAAGAGUACUCUAGUGACUUUAACAGCAGUCAGCCAUGUGCUGCUGAAAGUCCUUUUGAGCUUCCUUCAGACCAUGACCUGUGUGCACAUGGCUCGCCUUCUUUAAGUGAAGGUCAAGAAAUCAAGUCUUUGUGGUGGGAACGACGAGCUUUUCCACUGAAGGAUGAAGACAUGGCAGCCUUGUUAUGCCAAGAUGAAAAAAAAGAUCAGAUUGAAAGGUCAAGUACAGCCUUCCAUGGUGAAAUCUUCUGUACCAGUGCACCAGAGAAUGGCCACUAUCCAAAAAAGCAGUCGGACACAAUGGAAGAGUACAAAACCUUUGGUCUAGGACUUACUAAUGCUAAAAAAAAUAGGUGACAGGGAACUAGUUAAGAAAACUAGAUAACUAAAGAGACAACAGGAGGUUUAAAAAAAUAAUAAUAAAAAGCCCUGUUCCUGGU